UUUGCUCUGAAGGAGAAAUAGUUUACCUGGAGGUACUUAUUUAGACUAUUCCAAACUACUUACUGAAGGAGAUUUCAUCUCUUCCCAAGUCUUGUGCAGGAAAAGGCAGAUGAAUGAUGAAUCCCUUCAUGGUUCUGGCAGUACUGCUCCCCCUGAGGACUUGCUACACUGCAUACUCACAGCAAGAAUCCACUGUGUUUCCAGUAACAUACCUUAACAUUUCCAAGGAUUUGACUCUUCAGCGGCUGCUGGUGGAAUGGGAUGUUGGCAAGUCAGCGCAUGAUGCUGAGCUGGCAAUGUCUUUUGAAAUACAAGUCCGUCGAACAGAUGAAACUAUUACUGUGUGGACAGAGGUUCAUAACGUCACACUUGAUAAAUCGAGAAAGCCGCUUCAUUGGAUAUGGGAUUCAGACUUACCUUUGGAGUGUAUGUCACACUCGGUGAGAAUCAGGAGCAAAGCAGAAGCAUCAGAAAUCUGGAGUCAGUGGAGUCUGUGGGAGACUGUCCUGGGCCUGGACACUUCAAAUAGCAGUGGACCACAAAUCUUCCCAAGUGAAAAAAUUGUAGAGGAAGGCUCAGACAUCACUCUUUGUUGCAUUGGAAGGAAAGGCCAAAUCAUUAAGGAAUUCUUUCUAGUCCCAGCUGUUCAUGUUUUCAAUCACACAAACAGUCAAGUCGGACUUCUCACUGUGAAAAAUGUGGCAUAUCAAAAAGUGCCUCACAUCACUGUCUACUGUCAAGAGUCUUGCAAUGAAAAGCAAUGCUAUGAUCAAGCAGUGUUGUUUGUGGGUAAACCACCUGAUACACCUAAUGAUUUUUCCUGCCAAACUCAAGACCUGAGAAUAGUAACAUGUACUUGGAGCCAAGGAGGAGACACCUAUCUUUAUGGACGUCAUUCACCAAAAUACACCUUGUCUGAAGAGUUUUCCCAAAAAAUGGUUCCAUGCACAGUAAGUUGUUCUGAACAGUGCUCGUGUUCUUGGGAUAUAGGCCAGCAGAGGAUCUGUAAUAUUACAGUGACUGUGGAAAACCCACUGGGAAAGAAAACUGCCAGGGAUGUUUUUGAUGUAACUCACAGAAUUUAUCCCACUGCACCUUUCCAGCUGUGGGAAGAAUGCACAGAUACAGAAAUCACAUUAUAUUGGAAACAUCGAAACAAAGGAAUUGAACUGUUUUGUCAGACUGAAGUGCUCCAACCCAACGGGAAAGUAGAACUGCAUAAUAGUUCAGACAUGCAUCUCCAUUAUGCCAGCAUCAUCCUGGAUGGACUGCAGCCGUACACUGAAUACACAGCUAGAGUACGCUGUGGGGCAGCUAAGCAUUUCUGGAGGUGGAGUGAAUGGAGCGAAGCCCGAACCAUCAGAACAAAGGAAGCAACUCCAUCAGGGAAACUGGACAUCUGGAGAGAAAUUACACCAGUUCUUCGGGGGCGGAAUGUGACCUUGUUAUGGAAGCAAGCACCAAGUUUUCGAGCAAAUGGAAGAAGUAUUUCAUAUGAAUUAACCUGGGAAAAAGUAGAAGAUGGCUCUAAGCCUGAAAGCAUCUCCUUUUCAUCGGUCUACAAUAGCACAAGGAUUUCCAUUGAUAACCAUUCCUACAAAAUAAGUAUCAUGGCAAAGAACAAUGUUAAUUAUUCACUUCCUUCAGUAUUGAUCAUCCCUAGAGCUACAGGCACUGAAGAGCUUAAAGAAGAACAGGUUAAUGGUACAGAUGACGGCAUUUUUAUUUCCUGGGAGACCAGACAUAUAUAUGACAGUUACAUUAUCGAUUGGUGUAACUUUCCAAUGAUGCAGCCUUGUGAUUUGCAGUGGAAAAGAUUUGGGCCCAACACUUCCAGCGCUUUGAUUCACUCAGCUGCUUUUGUUCCGGGGGUGAGAUACAACUUCCACAUCUAUGGAUCUGUUGCUAAUAAAGCCUCCUUACUGGAGAAGAAGACUGGUUAUCUCAGGGAGCUACCUCCUCUGCGUGACCCUACUGUGAAAAAAGUUGAACUGACUUUCAAUGCAGUAACACUAUCUUGGGAUUCUUAUCUCACCAAUGAGACACAGUCUGGUUUUAUAAGAGGCUACCAUGUUUAUGUGUCGCCUAUACAAGAGGACUGCAGUUUGAAAGGAUCCAAAAAACAUGUUCUUCCAGAUGAUUCAGUGCUAUGUAAAUACACAAUUGAAAACCCAGAAGAAAAGAGAUACACCGUGAAACACCUAUUGUCAAACACAAAAUACAAACUAGUGGUUAAAGCAUAUACAGGUGGAGGAGAGACUCCCAUUGUUAACUUUAUGUACAUAGAUACACCGUUUAACUCAAACGUGCUGUACCUUCUAGUCCUGCUAGUGAUAGUUCCAUCACUAGUAGCAGCUGUAUGCCGCUGGAAGAUGAAGUGGGUGAAGGAGUGCUGCUGUCCUGUAAUACCUAGUCCUAACAAGAGCGAAGUGCUGUCGUUCAAAGAGUUUAAGAUCAGUUCUGAGAAAGUAUUGAAAGUAAGUGACUGCAUUCCUGACAUGCUAGCAGUGGACAAUAAGGCUGAAGCCCAGAAAUUACAUCCAUGGAGUCAGUUGUCUUCAACACCAACAGAAGAUAAGAUUGGUGGUCACAAUUCUUCCUGGAUUUACCCUAAUGAAAAUGGGGAGAGAGACUUUACACCCACACCUACACCUCAGGCUCAUACUUGGUUUGAAAAUUUUGCUUAUUCUUCUCAUCUUGGAGUUGAAUCUGAUCCCUAUCAAAUACCGGUGACAUUAGAAGCAAGUAAGCCAGAACUGUCAGUAAUGCUGUACCAGCCACACUACUACUUUGAUAUUUUUAAUGAAGAUGCUGCCUCAACACCCAGAGAAACAGCUGGCAGAAAGACCAGUCUGAGAUACAUUUCACAAACAGCUGUGCACUGCCUAGGGAGGAGGCUUUGAUGUACCGUCCUCCAUUGAGUCCAUCCAGAUUUUGGUUACACAAUAUAAGUAAGAAUUUCUAAACCCACAACUUCUCCUUUUGAUGAAGGCUUUCACAAGCCCAACUGCCCUACUUCUGUUAAUGCUGCAAAGCUCUUGCUUCAGGACAAGUUUAAAAAUACUGGCUUGUGCACAGGCAUGAUGCGUGCUAAGGUUUCAUCACGAGUUACGGGCAUUAGAUAAGACUUACAGGCUGUUUUAUGGCCUGUAUUAUGUAGAAGGUUAGAUCACAGCAGUUCCUCAGAGCCUGAUGCAAAGAACUACUGUAUUUUGUAGAGCUUAAAAUUUUUUUCAGAAAGUAGAAGAGCAGGUUAAACAAGCAGGUAGGUUGUUGUUGUGCUCAAGGAGUGUAUUUUGCUUGCAGCGUUCUGCCCAUGCGUACUGUGUGCUCUGGCCGCCCCUAGCCAGUGUGUAUUCUGCAGCUGUGCAUGGAGCAUUACCCAGCUUCGGAGUCUGCCUCAGCCCAGUAACAUGGCGGGGGUGCGCUGUAUUUUCUCUUUCUCAAAUGGUGUAAGGCAUCAACAUGGAAGGGUUACCUCC